UAAUCCUGAAUUACAUGCAAGAAUUGUCAACGAAGAUAGAUUGGCUGCACAUUAAGAUUUCUCAAACUUUGAACGAAUUGUUCCCCAAUAAUGACGCUUUUGAUCAGCCUGAAGGAUUUCCCUCCUUGCCAUUGGAAACUGAGGAAUCUUUUGUAAACUUUGAUGAACAAUUAAAUAAUAAAGUAUUAUAUGGUCAAAUGCUCAAUUACCUGUUACAAAAAGGAAAGGAAGAAACAACCUCUAUUUACACUUAUUCUAUUUUGUCGACUCUACUUAGGAACAACGUAGCACGACUCAUUAGUUGGAAAGGUUCUGGAGGAGUCAAGCUCAGUUUUCAAAAAUCCAAAGUGAAAAAUCUAAUAGAAGGUGUUUGUUUCAAGAAGUUUCCUAAGGUGCAGGUUUCCGUAUUUGAAGACCAUAUAAAACGAUGGUUUAACACUUCUAUGCAGCGAUCAGACUAAUUGGAUCUUUUGAUGGGGAUUAAUUGUAUUCCGACUUUAACACAUAAAUUCUACUUUUUUUUAUUUGUCACUUUUUGUCUUAGUUUAA